UUUCUCGUCUCUGUGUUUUCCCCUUUGCCUCACUCAGUCAGUCAGUGUGUUGAGAACAGAAGGCAGUCAGAGCACCCGUAUGUAUGUGUCGGUAUUUACCUGUCAACAUACGGAAUAACGUUACCAGGCUAACAUUGGGGAUUAUUUCUAGUUCCGACUAGCAAAGUGCAGGAGAUUCUCUUCCCGGACUAGUAGCCAUGACAAUAUGAAAGCGGCGGCGGCGGCGGCGUGGAGAGGAGAGGAAGAGGAGAGGGGGAUUUAAAUCUCUCUUUCGUCCCAACAUCUCCUCUUUGAUUUGAAGUAACCGGAGCAGAACCGAGCUGUGCUUCUUCACCGGUACUGAGAUACAAGUUGUUCUUUUGUCCAGUUACAGAACAGCAGACUGUUUUUUGUUUUUUGGUGUAUAUUUCGUGGAGUAUUUUGUUUGUCCUGGAGAGCGGAGGAGGAGGUGGAGGAAGUGAAAGCGGCUCACUGAGUCGGGACUGACCGUUGGAGUCGGUCCUGAAAAUGGAGGCUGUGAUCGAGAAGGAAUGCAGCGCGCUGGGAGGACUCUUCCAAACUGUGAUCGGAGACAUGAAGAGCAGCUACCCUAUUUGGGAGGACUUUAUCACCAAGGCCGGCAAACUGCAGUCGCAGCUCAGGGCGACGGUGGUUGCUGUGGCAGCUUUCCUGGAUGCCUUUCAGAAAGUGGCCGACAUUGCUACCAACUCACGAGGUGGGACCAAAGACAUUGGAUCAGCAUUGACCAGGAUGUGUAUGAGACAUCGCAGCAUAGAGGCUAAACUCAAACAGUUCUCCAUGGCCUUCCUGGAGGGUCUGAUCAACCCUCUACAAGAACAGGUGGAGGAGUGGAAAAAAGGAGUCAACACUUUGGACAAGGACCAUGCUAAAGAAUAUAAAAGAGCCCGGCAGGAAAUAAAGAGGAAGUCCUCGGACACACUGAAACUUCAGAAGAAAGCAAAGAAAGCUGAUAAUCUGGGUCGUGGUGAUAUCCAACCCCAGUUGGACAGCGCCAUGCAGGAUGUCAGUGAUAAAUACAUUCUGCUGGAGGAGACAGAGAAGCAGGCCCUGAGGAAGGCUCUUAUAGAGGACAGGCAGAGGUUCUGCUGUUUCGUAGCCAUGCUGCGGCCCGUAGUGGAUGAGGAGAUUUCUAUGUUGGGAGAGGUCACCCAUCUCCAGACCAUCUCUGAUGACCUCAAAGCCCUGACCUCUGACCCGCACAAGCUUCCCCCUGCUAGUGAACAGGUGAUCAUGGACCUUAAGGGCUCAGACUACGGUUGGUCGUAUCAAACGCCGCCCUCAUCCCCCAGCACCACUAUGUCCAGGAAGUCUAGCAUGUGCAGUAGUCUGAACAGCGUUAACAGUAGUGACUCCAGGGGAUCCAGUGGCUCUCACUCUCAUUCUCCUUCCUCCUCUUCUUCCUCCUCUUCCUCAAACCACCUCUUCAACCACCAUCACCCCCGCCAUCGUUACCGUAGCUCCACGCUACCCCAGCAGGCCCCGGCCCGGCUCUCUAGCAUCUCCUCCCACGACUCGGGCUUCAUUUCUUCAUCACACGACCAAUACACAUCGUCCAAAUCAUCCUCGCCCAUGGCAGCUGAAACGAAGCCUUGUCCCAGUUCCAGGUCCUCUGAGGUAUCAGAGACUGGGCAGCUCCACAGUGACUGCAGCUCCCCCUCUCCUCUAGCUGCUGCUAGUGCACCUCAGCACGCUACUGACAAGUUGUCCAAUGGUUUUGACCACUACAGUCCGGCCCAUUCCCCCUACAUGCAUAGCAACGGGGGGAGUUUGGGCUCAGGGUCCGGCUCCGCCUUUCCCUUCUACCCUCCUUCCUCCUCCUCCUCAUCCUACACCACCUCCUCCUGCCCCACUCGUUCAUGGUCACGUCCCGCCUCAGCCUUACUGCCAGACCAACCUCACAACAGCGGGCUGGGCUCCACCAUGGUGCCUUCAUCACGAGUCCCCAGCUGGAAGGACUGGGCUAAGCCAGGCCCUUAUGACCAGCCCAUGGUCAACACACUGAGAAGGAAGAAAGACAAGGACACCCGGGCUGUAGUGGACAGUAAUGGUAGUGUGAGUAAUGACAGCAGCCCGUCCUCAGGCCUGGCCUUGCUCUCGACCUCGGCGCCAGCUCCGGCUGCACUACAAACAUUAACAUCAGUGGAGGAGAAGAACAGAACUGUGACUGCACCUCUCAAGGCUGGUGAUAUUGAGGCCCAUGAGGAACUGGCUCUGGCCUUAUCCAGAGGUCUGGAGCUGGACACCCAGAGGUCCAGUAGAGACUCCAUCCAGUGUUCCAGUGGCUACAGCACGCAGACUAACACACCCUGCUGCUCUGAAGACACUAUCCCUUCACAAGUAUCAGACUAUGACUAUUUCUCAAUGGCCGGAGAUCAGGAGCCUGAGCAGCAGCACUCUGACUUUGACAAGUCCUCCACCAUCCCCAGAAACAGUGACAUCAGUCAGUCCUACCGACUCAUGUUCCAGAGCAAACGGCCGGCAUCCACGGCCGGCCUGCCAAGCACACAGACUCCUUACCACGGACAGGGGGCCUACUCUGUAGGGCCAUAUCCCCCCACACCUAUCCACACUGGGGCCUAUCCUCCUACCCCUACAGGCCCGUAUUCAGGUCAGGGAUAUUAUUCUGGAUCCAGUUCCCAUAAUGCCUCUGGCUCCUAUUCUACAGGCCACGGUCCAGUCAUCGUUACCCCCGGGACUGCCACAAUCCGCCGCACCCCCUCUUCAAAACCUUCCGCCCGCCGCUCAGGCUCAGUCAUGGGCACAGGCCCCAUCCCCAUUCGCACGCCUGUCAUCCCGGUGAAAAUCCCCACGGUGCCCGAUAUGUCCGGAGCAGUUAACGGGAGCAGGAGCGCAGAGGAGAUGAGAGGGGGAAGAGGAGGAGAAAGCCCAGAUUCUCCAACGUAUGCAGGAGGGGAGGACGCUGGCACGCUGCCGGUGAUGUCCUGGAGCGGUCAGGCUACAACCAAUCCUCCCACUGUGCCCCUGCCCAACCAGCAGCACCUCCACAAUGAGAUAGGGCAGGAAGGAGGAGGAGGAGGAGGAGGAGGAGGAGAGGAGGCGGGAGAAGAGUUAGGAGGCAACAUGCUGGUGGCCAUCCGCAUGGGGGUCAAGCUCAAGAGGACCCUCACCAACGACCGCUCCGCCCCACGCAUCGCAUGAUGACCUUUGUGUUUGGAAACGAGGUCAAAGGGCUUCAGAGAAAUGCGACGUACAGAAACAAAAGGCUUCUGAGAAAUGUUUUAAUUACACCUGUUCCACAUGUAGCGUUUCUCAUUCUGUAUAUUUUCAACUGUCAAAAUCCCUCACUGUGGAAGCCAUCUAUAAUGAUUCAUUAUAGAAAAUAUAUAGAUAUACUAUUGUUCAGGUUCACAUUUUCUGAUUUGGCUUAUGAUGCCUCAGAGAUAGAUCUAAAGCCAGGUUUGUUCAAAUAUUGGUUUGCACCUAAAAUGGAUCACAGGCCCACUUGUGGUAGAUCCUAGUAUAAGUUGAGUAUGAGCCUUUAUGAGUGCAAGGAUAAGCUCCUCAAAUUGUUUGGCCUAAGCACUAAAAUGUUUUUGCAAAUCCGAGCCCACAGCUGUGUAAAACAUGAGGAUGCUUUUUGUUAAUAAAUAACAAGAGAAUGACAGAGUAGCUUUACAGCACAGUAUGUCCAUUUCUUUAAGAGGAUAGUAAAGGCAUAUUUUACACACGUUUAUUCAGUAUUCUUCCCAAAGCAGAUGGUUGGACAAGGACAAUGUGUCUGCCUCUUCUCAGUGUGUAUAUAUAUGCAUAAACUGUCAUUGUUUAGGGAGUGCGUUGUACCGUCGUGGGAACAAUAAGCCUUCUAACUGGUGACUUGGCAGAAGGAGCGCAAUAACCAAUGUAAGUACUUCACAGCAUCAAGAGAGCAAUAUUCAGACGCACUAGAAAGCACGGUCGGCUUUCAAGUGCACCAUUUGGCAUCUCCUGAAUUGCAUCGACUGCUCAAACGGAUGGACGCCCUGACGGCUGUAGGAAGGUGCUGCGUUGUCAUCCAUUCACAGUUCAAAUACUUAAUUACGUGAGAUGUUCACAGAGCCAACAACACAGACUUUGUGUUGCAGCCUGAGUUUCAUCCAAGUUGAAAGUUGUAGGAGACGACAGUGUGGACUAAAGCGCCACACGGUUGAUGCCGUGACAUUAAGAGACACUACAAUAUACGUCCUGUUUUAGUUGUUUUAGUAUUUACAUGAUUUGUAAAUAAGUUUGCACGUCUCUGUUGCCGAGGAGUGUGUUGGUGCUUCUCGCUUUCUGUAUUUCCUUUUUCUCCUCCACGGUGCCACAAUCACACAAGUUUCACAUCUGUAAACAGGACGCUUAUUGAUUUCAUAUAAUGAUCAACAAUCCCAAAUAUUACCUUUGGAUGUGAAUUCAUUUUUAUUUUUCAUCAUUUUUUUCCCCCCUGUAUAAAUCUCAUUUAAUCUGCAAUAUCUACAUGCUGAGCUUUGUAGAACUCCUCAGUGGUUUGUGUUUAUAUAUAUAUUAGCCCUUAUAUAUUAUAGCUCCUUCUGUUUUUUUGUAGCAUUUAGUAGCCAUGCUGCAACCUGCUGCGCGUUGAUUGCUCAUAACAUCACUAAUACAUGUCAAAAGUACAGAUGUGCCACUUCAAAACUCAACGUUAAAUCAAAUUUAUAUAUAUUAUUAUGCAUUUAUAGACGUUAACAAGGACAUUUUUUUUGAUGUUUUGAAAGAUAUGAGUAGAAAGCGGUAAUGCCAUACUUGGUUUUAUUGUUCUGUCUGGUUGCUGUUAUAUUGAACUCUUUGUUGUCUUCUUUGAAACGCAUGUAGCGUGCAUGCUCAUGUCCUUUUUGAUUAAUUAGGUUUUUACAUCUCCAAUUCUGGUGUUUUGAUUUUUUUUGCAAUAUCAUUUUAAGGUGACAAGUCCAAUAUGUACAGAUUUUGUUACUCUAAAAAUGUCCAUAUCCAGAAUCACAUUGUAUAAUUUAAGAAAUGCAUCACCAUAGGUUAAAAUAUUCUGUUUUUAUGGGCAAUAAGAUGUUUUGGAGGCUUUUUCCACAGACUGCAGCGUUGUAAGAUUAUAGGCUGGAACCAGUUAGUAUCCCUGAGUCUGUAUUUUAAUUUGCAUUUCAGUUCAAGCACUGUGAGACCAUGGCUACUACAAGAUGUAUGAAACUGUAAAUGUUAUUUAGCUCUACAGGUUAGUCCAAGAACUCACACGUUUUUUAAUUUAUUUUCUUCUUCUCAAUCUUUAAAUCUUUUUUUUUUCUCUCCUCAACCUAUUUUUAUACGUAUAUAUAUAAUAUCAGAGUAAUAGAGUUGUUUUCUCUGUCCAUGCAUGUACUUAUCUGAUGAUGAUGUGUUGUUUUUCAUCAGUGAAAUGUUCAUGACCGUCCUGCUACGAUUCAUUGAAGUCCCAUAUUUCACACAUUAUGCAUAGUUGCACCUCAUUUUAAUAAUCGCAUAAAUGCCGGCUGGUUUAAAAGUGAACAGCAGCUACGACGGUGUGUUCCUCUGACUUUCAGAAGUCAGAAAAAAGUUUUGGUUUUAUAACAGAGAGUCCUGCAUCAGUAUUAUGAGUUCAAAUGGUAUUCGCAUGAUGCAGAGCUGAGUCCAGUUCAGGUUCAGAUCAGUCAAGACGGUGCGUUUUCUUAUUUUCUUCAGAACGAGUUUGCCUGAAUCAUCAUUUUAUCAUUUGUAGAUCUUAUUAAGUUUGAACAAUGGCACGCUGCCCACAAUGUCUGACCUAAUCUGACCUGAGUUUUCCGAAGACAUCUUAGCAUGAAAAUCCACUUUGUUUCUAUAUUUUAAACCGGUUUCUUGUGUAUUUAGUGUAAUAGAAAGGUACAACAGGAGGAAUGACAGCAAAAGAAGGGGUGACAAAAGCAAACAUGUCAUCUCUGUGCCUGAAUUAAACCCACAGUGUGAACAGGGAGAUGCACCACAAACCACUUCAAUACCCCCUCUACUGUUUGAUUUCAACAGACUAAAGAUAAUAUCACCGCUCAGAUGUUUCUGGAAACCCAGCAUUCAGUUCUUGAUAUUGUUAAUGAUGUUAAUAUUUUUGUGUUUUUUUAGCCGUCCACCUGUCUAAAACUUAUAUUAUCAACUUGUAAUUUCCAUAUUUAAAUUGCUAGCAUAAAUAUAUAUUAUAUCAGAGUUGCCAAAUGCCAGUAUAUCCUAUGAAUAAGACGUUUAUAGUUUGUGAGGGUUUGAAAGUAAAAGUUAAACCCUGGUUUCUAGUUUAGUUUUUAGCUUAUAUUAUUCCCUCCCCCCCCUCCUCCCGAGGAGAGUUGACCUCUCUGUCUGUCCCUGUACAGUUCAACAGGCUACGAUGCAGUUCGUUUCAGGAAGUAAAAGCUUGUUAUUUUUUUGUGUAAUGACAGCUUUAGCAAUAUAAUAAAAAAAUAUAAAUUUUG